GAAAAAAAAUACAAAGAAAACACAUGCGACUAUUUCAAAGCGUUCUUCACGCAGAGCUUCUCUUACACGCACGCGCAGAGGAAGAAAAGAUCCAUCGAGCAUCGAUCAAUCGUUGGUAAUGGUUGUUGGUAUGGUGGUUGGUUGCAGUUGCAGAUUGCGAUCCUCCUCCUCUGUUUCUCCCAAUUUCCUCAACAACGACCUCCCAAUCAUCAUGCUCAUGCCCUAGACACACCCCCACACACACCUUCUUCCAUUCCUCCCUCACUCACAUCAAACGCCUACAACCAUAGGGUUCCGAUGGAGGAGCCGAUGCGCCUCGCCACCAACGGCCUUCUCUUCUCCUCCUCGCUCUUGUUGGGCAUCGCCGCCGCCGGGCUUAUGAUUCUCCUAAUCGUCAUCCUCAUCCUCAUCGCCUGCAAGUUCAGACCCUGGCGUCGUCUCCUCUCCUCGCCCCCCACUCGCCGUCGCUAUCCCGCUGCAUCGAUCAAGGAUGAUGAUGAUAUUGAGAGGCCUCUUGUUCAUGGAGAACAAGGUAUUCCUGAAACCCCGAACGUGUCAUCGUCAAGUAACACUGCUGAGGAGGGUUUAAGUUCAAUGCAUUUUGUUCCUGCAGAGCCUAAACAAAGACUCCAUCCGGCGGCCUCCCAUUUGUCGCAGAGUAAUAGAUUCUACCCACUUUUGCUAAUUUCAUUUUCUGCAAACGUAGACAAAGCCAAAACUAUUCUCCCCCGUUUUCUUGGUCAGUUUGCUGGUGAGCAAAUACAAAACAAGAAAGAAGAUACGCCUUAUAGCCGAAAAUAUGGAUCAGAUAAAGACAGCUCCAAAGACAUGGCUCCCAAUUAUAGUGCAAGCCAAGGCUGUACUCUCAUGCUGGAGGUAAUAUCAGGUCCUUGUUCUGGGAUUCGAUAUUCUAUACAGUCAACUGAGACUUCAAAGCUACCGGUGACCAUUGGAAGAGUGUCGCCUGGUGAUUUAAUCUUAAAGGAAUCGGAAGUCUCUGGCAAGCAUGCAAUGAUAAAUUGGAACAGUAAUAAAUCGAAAUGGGAGCUGGUUGACAUGGGUAGCUUGAAUGGUACAAUCUUGAACGGCCAAUCAAUCUGUAUUUCUCAAUCUGAAAGCAGACAUUGGAGUAACCCAGUUGAGUUGUCAAGUGGAGAUGUCAUAACUUUGGGCACGAGUUCAAAGAUUUUGGUCCAUAUUACAACAACUCAGAAAGAGUGCAAUGUUCCUUUCGGGAUUGGCAUAGCAUCUGAUCCCAUGGCUAUGCGUCGUGGAGGAAAGAAGUUGCCCAUGGAAGAUGUCCACUAUUAUCACUGGCCACUUCCCGGAAUGGAUCAGUUUGGGCUUUUUGGCAUCUGCGAUGGACAUGGAGGAGCUGAUGCUGCCACAUCUGUUAGCAAAAUAAUGCCGGAAGUAAUUACUGGCAUAUUGUCCGAUAUCUCUAGAAGAGAGGAGGUUCUGGCUAAAUGCAAUGCUUCAGAUAUACUUAAAGAAGCAUUUUAUGAGACAGAAUCACGUAUUAGUCACUACUAUGAGGGCUGUACUGCAACCGUGCUUCUCAUCUGGACCGAUGAUGAGGAAAAUUGCUUUGUACAAUGUGCAAAUGUUGGAGAUUCAGCUUGUGUUGUAAAUGUUGACGGAAGGCAGGUAAAGAUGACAGAAGACCACCGGAUAACCAGUUACUCCGAAAGACUUCGCAUGCAGGCAUUAGGAGCACCCCUAAAAGAUAGGGAAACACGAAUAUGCGGUAUAAAUCUUGCUCGGAUGCUCGGAGAUAAAUUUCUGAAGGAGCGGGAUGCCCGGUUCAGUUCAGAACCUUAUGUCAGUGAUGUCAUGCGAAUAGAUCGAUCAUGCAAGGGAUUCGCCAUAAUAGCCAGCGACGGAUUCUGGGACGUAGUUAACACCAGGAAGGCGGCUCAGCUCGUCCACCAGGCGUUGGAGAGACACGCGACGGAGAAAGAGAAUCCUGCGGAGAAAAUAGCAAAGGUGUUGUUGAACGAAGCGCAGACGCAACGAACCAAAGAUAACACGUCGAUAAUUUUCUUGGACUUUAGCACCCCCAGAAUGCACCUCAACUCAUGUAAACCUGAUCAUCCUUAAAUUUGGUAGCCAAUGAAUAUUACAAAUUAUGAAAAUGUUAGAUUUUUGGGCAUUUUGAUCUUCUUGGUUCUUUAUGACGAUGGAUAAUCUUAUUUGGUGUUAUUCUAGAGUGUAUAGAAUGGAGGAUAGGAAUGUUGACAUAAUAUGCUCUAUAAAUAUGUAAUAUUAGCAAAUAAUUUAAAUUAAUAUGGGAGUAUAAAUAUUACUGUUAGCACAAAAUUUGAUGAUGAAUAAAUAGUGUACAUUAAUUUCA